AAGUUAUAAGUAUGGGUAGCGAGGAUCCACCUCACUCCGUUCCCGAUUGGUUGUCGCGCCAACCGGCCGCAAUGAGAUUUGCUGUAAUCGCGGUGUUGUGCGCAUGCGCGGUCCUCGCCGCGGGCGACGGCCUCCGGACCAAGGCCAAGCUCCUCGGGAAACUUGCAGCUAAGAUAAAGCACCACAAACGUGGAGUAUUCUCCGCUGCUCCGCCGUACAAAUACGGACAUGAUAUCCCCCACGUCACCCAUUCCAUCGUUAAGCCUAUUGUAGUUGCCUACCCUCCAACAGCUUCUGUCCAUUCCGUUAAAGUGCCUAUAAAACAUCCUUUAUUACACCAUCAUUAUCCUGUUCAUGUUGGUCAUAAAAUCCCACUGCAUUCACAUUCCUACGCGCACAGAUUCCCUCAUACUAAGUUGAAACCAGAUCAGCAUUUCCACCAUCAUCAUCACCACGUUGCGCCCAGACCUGUAGUCCCUAUCCUUCCAGCUCAUGCUGUACCGGCUGCUCCCGUUGUUCCUACAUUACCUGUCCCUAUCCCUCAACCGUCAGUUGUUAUUCCUCGUCCCAUUCCGGCGCCGUCACCUCCAGUAACCCCUAUCAUUCCUGCCACUCCUCAAUUUAUUCUUCCGCAGAACCAUGUUCAUUUAAGGCCUGCGCUUCCUGCUCCCGUUCCGAUCCAGCCAGCCCCAGUAGCGCCUUUAUAUCCUUACGCUCCACAAUUCUCUUACGCCAUCAGGCCUGGUAACGCCGUCCAGACUUCAUACUUCGCUACAUACCCUAGAUAUCCUUUAUCAUUCCAUCAGCCCUUAGUACCUUUAGCUCAACCAGGACUGCCUGCGGUACCUCUAGCGCCUUCAGUAGGUCAGGCAGCCGGGCCUGUGUUUCUAGAGCGCCCCCAGGAGCCGCAUUUCCACGUUUUGCCGCAAGCACACGCGCACGGAGUCGUAGAGCAACCUACGGCAGCCGUGGCUGUCGAGCACCAUCAUCAGUUCUUGCAACCGACUGCUGUACCUCAACCAACACUGUUGCACGCACAUCCUACAGUAGUCCAAGAACAACCAGUUGUCCAUGAACAUCAUACAAUCUUGCAACCACACCCUACGGUACUUCAAGCAGCGCAACCAACUGUCCACGUUGAUCACAACGGUUGGGCGCCAGUACCGCACGGUCACGAUUUGAACCAUGUUCACCAAGAAGCUCAUUUCCAUCAGGAUCUCGUCCCAACUCAAGAAACCCACUUUGCUCACGAUCACUUUACACAGGAACAAGGACAACAAGUUUUCGAGCACCACACUGGGGAAGAACAAUACCAUGAAUACCAACAUCAGCUACAACAUCAUAUCCAACAGCAAAUAGAACAGGCGCAGUACGAGCAAAAUUUGCAUAAUCACCAAUUGGGGCAGCCAGAAUAUCCUCAAAACCAUGACUUUUCACAAGGCCAUGAUUUCUCAGAGGGACAGGACUUUGCGCAACAUGGUCACGACUUUUCACAGCAUGGUCAUGACUUUUCACAGCAUGGUCAUGACUUUUCACAGCAUGGUCAUGACUUUUCACAGCAUGGUCAUGACUUUUCACAACAUGGACAUGACUUUUCACAAGGGCAAGAUUUCUCACAGCAUGGCCAGGACUUCUCUCACACUCAGGACCAACCUCAUCAAGAAUACGGGGUUCCUCAGCAGCUCGAAGGUCGGAGCGAAGAGGGGGAGGAACCUCAGAAGUUCCAUAACCACAUCCCAUUAGGGUUGCAACCGCCUAUAGACCGUCCGUUGGACCAUUUCCGGUAGCCAUAUUGGCGCAAUUAGGCCUUCUUUCAGCGCUGUUAAAUAUAUAUUCUAUCUUAGGUUCAUCUAAGCUAAAUUUAAACCGAUUUGAGCGGAACAAAACCAUACAUUUUCAAUGGAAAAUGUAUGAAAAUUUGCUUGGUUUCAGUCUUAAUUCCCCCUCUUCGAUUUGCAAAAAGACAAAGACGUCAAUGACGUCAUGUUGAUGAAAGACAUUUCGCCUGAAAGACAUUUCGCCUACUGGAAAAAAAUUUUUCGUUAUUAAGUUACAAUACAUAAUACAUAAAUUAUUUGAAGAUAAUCUCUCAUGUGUAAAGCGCUGUAGAAUGGCCUAAAAGUUAAGCAUUUAUUUGCUUUAUAAGUCGAUUGAAGUAAUGUGAUAGAUUGAGUAACCACUGCGUAUUGCCUAACUGUAUUUACACGUAACAUUAACUUAGAUUUAAGUUAUUUAUUUAUUUGAUAAAUAAAAUUGAUAUACUUUUGUA